ACCUUUAAUAUUUCUUAUGUGGAAGCUGAUAAAUAUGAAGAAAGCAAAUCAAAACAUCGGGGUACAUUUUAAUGUCAUUUUUCAUUUUUGUAACAAUGAAAAAAUUAUGUCGAUCUCUCAUCUUUCUAUUCUUCUGUCUUCCACUCUCCUUUGUCGAAACUCAAAACAAUGGGGUCAGAGAUGGCAAAGCCAUUUUUCAUGUCGGGGUGAUUCUCGAUUUGACUUCCACUAUCGGGAAUGUUACUGAUGCAUGCAUUUCUAUAGCAAUUUCCAAUUUCUACAAAAUUCAUCCUAACCAAAAUACGAUGGUAGUUACUCAUAUUCGGGAUUCGAAAGGUGAUCCUAUAACUGCGACCACUGCAGCCUUAGAUUUGAUAAACACUUUCGGGGUGAAAGCAAUAAUAGGCCUAGAAUCAUCGGUAGGAGGAGAAUUUGUUGCAUAUAUUGGUAGCAAAGAUCAUGUACCAAUCCUCUCCUUCUCGCCAACGCACUCAUUCAUUUCUCCCUCUCAAGUUCCUUACUUCGUUAGAGUUGCCCAGAAUGACUCAUCACAAGUAAAGGCUGUUGCAUCCAUCAUUCAAGCAUACAAGUUGAAGGAAUUAUCUAUAAUUCAUGAUGAUAGCCAACUUGGGUCUGCUCUAGUACCAUCCCUUACCGUUGCUCUUUUUGACGUUGGUGCUCAUGUAUGUAACAGAACAAUCCUACCGAGCAUGGCAAAUGCGACGAUAGUUAACAAUAGCUUGCUUGAGUUAAAAAGCAUGAGAUCCAAGGUCUUCAUUGUUCAUACGUCACCCUCUUUAGCUGCCACUUUCUUUUUAAAUGUUCAAAAGCAGGGAAUGAUGGAUGACGGGUAUGUGUGGAUUAUCACGACUGCCAUUGCUGAUGUUCUUUCCUAUAUGAAUCCUUCUGUUUUACGCUCGAUGAAUGGUGUUAUCGGUGUUAAAACAUACGUGCCAGAAUCCAAGUCCCUUGGAAAGUUUAGUAUUCAAUUCCAAAAGCGUUUUAAGCAGGAUCAUCCAAAAUUAUAUAUAUCACAGCCCAGCAUACAUGCACUGUGGGCAUAUGAUGUAAUGUUUCUGAUGGCAAUGGUAGCUAACAAAGUUCAGCCGCAUUUUAACGAUAAAAACUCUUCAUCAUCACCACCGGCAAAUAAGAAAGGAAAUCGAAAUGUGCCUGAUUUGUUUGACAGUGGUGUCUCUCCUAUGGGUUCGAAAAUCUUGCAAAUAAUUCAAGCGGAAAAUUUCGUGGGGCUCAGUGGUGAGAUUGAAUUUAUAGACGGGCAGUUAAAUUCUAAUACUUAUAGAAUUGUUAACGUGCUUAACAAAAGAGAUCGAACGAUAGGGUAUUGGACACCAAAUGUUGGCUUUUCAAAAGGCCUUGAUAAAAAUAAAAUGCAAAAAAACUAUUCAACAGAUGAGUGUGACCUUGCUAGUGUAACAUGGCCAGGAGGAUCCAAAGCAACUCCAAAAGCUAUGACCCUGACUAUUGGAGUCCCGUAUAAAACAGGAUUUUUGGAAUUCAUGAAUGUCAGCCGUGAUAAGAAGACUGACCCGUGGAACGUAACUGGCUUUUCAAAAGAUGUGUUUGAAAACGUGAUGCAGGGAUUGACAUAUGAAUACAAUUACGUCCCGUAUGAGAUAAAUGGAGUUUCAGCAGGAGAUUACGAUAAUCUAAGUUAUUGUGUCUACACAAAGCAAUUUGAUGCCGUCGUGGGAGAUGUGACUAUCAUUUCUAGCAGAUCAAAAUAUGUGGAGUUUAGUCAGCCAUAUUCAGAUUCUGGAGUUCGCAUGAUAAUACGAAGAACCGACGAAAGCUUUACCAAUGAUAGCUGGUGGUUUUUAUGGCCCUGGACAAAGGAUCUUUGGUUUACAACCAUCGCAUUCUUCCUGUCGACUGGGUUUGCUGUUUGGAUAUUCGAAAGAGGCAAAAACCCUGAAUUCCAAGGACCAUUAUCACAGCAGUUGGGGAAAUAUCUUUCCUUUAGCUUUUCAAUUUCGGUUUUCGCGCACAAAGAAAAACUUGAGAGCAACUACUCUAGAUUCAUAGUGAGUUUGUGGAGCUUUGCAGUAUACAUUCUGAUGGGAUGCUUUAUUGCAAAUCUAACAGCAUCAUUAACGAUGAAGAAUCUUCAAGUAGGAACUGUUACUGGAUCCGUUGGGUACCAAAGUGGAUCAUUUGUACCGGGACUCUUGAAAGAUCUAGGAUAUUCAAAGCUCGUCGAACUCUCUACGAUAGAGGAGUAUGCCAGUGCUCUAAAAGAUGGAAGGGUUUCUGCAAUCUACGAUGAGAUACCUUAUAUUAAAGUCUUCCUUGAACGUUACUGCGAUGAGUUCACAGUUACUGGACCUACAUAUCCAGCAGGCGGUUUCGGCUUUGUGUUUCCACUUGACUCUCCACUGGUAUCCUAUGUUUCUCAUAAAGUGUUGGAGUUUGCAGAGGCAAAUAAGACGAAAGGUGUUGCAAGAAAAUGGUUUGAUAGCGACUCAUGUUAUGAUACUUCCCAGAAGAAUAAUACAGCAUCGAGCCAGCCGCUUCGUCUUUAUAGCUUCAGAAGUGUCUUCAUCACUAUGGGGGUUGCAUCAGCCCUAACUCUCUGCAUGUUCUUUGCUUCUGAUUUGGUGUAUAAGAGUGCCAGAAAAAAUGGCAGUAUAUCUGACAAUCCCACGGAUAGAACAAGAGUCGUGAUAGACCAAAUUCAUGAACAAGAGUCAUAUGCGUCGUAACCAAUGCCUUGUUUUUGUGUCGUAUGUUCUUGUAUAUAGUUUACUUCACAAUUAAGUAAUAUAAGUGCAAUUAAUUGUGCUCGUUGAAAAUACAGGGAAAAGCACGAAUUUGCUAGA